CGCCUAGGGAGAGAAAACCUGACCCGGCCGGCCUGCGCACACUCGGUAUCUGUGGGUCGCUCUCGGUCCCCGCGGAGCGCGGUGGCCAUGCGGCUGGUGUCCGCAGCCUGGCCCCGGCCGGGCCGCUCGCCCGCGCUGCUGCUGCUGCUGUCGAUACUGCUGAGCUCCUGCCUGGGGCUCGUCGGGGCGGCUCGCAGGCCCAACGUGCUGCUGCUGCUCACCGACGACCAAGACGCGGAGCUCGGCGGCAUGACACCGCUGAAGAAAACCAAGGCCCUCAUUGGAGAGAAGGGGAUGACUUUCUCUAGCGCUUACGUGCCGAGCGCUCUUUGCUGCCCCAGCAGAGCCAGCAUCCUGACUGGGAAAUACCCACAUAACCAUCACGUGGUGAACAACACCCUGGAGGGGAACUGCAGCAGCAAGUCCUGGCAGAAGAUCCAAGAGCCGAACACAUUCCCAGCCAUCCUCAGAUCAAUGUGCGGUUAUCAAACCUUCUUUGCUGGGAAGUAUUUAAACGAGUACGGAGCCCCAGAUGCAGGUGGACUGGAGCACAUUCCUCUGGGCUGGAGUUACUGGUAUGCCUUGGAAAAGAACUCUAAGUACUAUAACUACACCCUCUCUAUCAACGGAAAGGCACGGAGACACGGUGAGAACUACAGCGUGGACUACCUGACAGACGUUCUGGCCAAUCUCUCCCUGGACUUCCUGGAGUACAAGUCUAACUCGGAGCCAUUCUUCAUGAUGAUCUCCACCCCGGCACCCCACUCACCCUGGACAGCUGCACCUCAGUACCAGAAGGCGUUCCAGAAUGUCUUCGCACCGAGAAACAAGAACUUCAACAUCCAUGGGACGAACAAGCACUGGCUAAUUAGGCAAGCCAAGACUCCAAUGACGAACUCUUCAAUCCAGUUCUUAGAUGACGCGUUCAGAAGGAGGUGGCAAACUCUGCUCUCGGUUGAUGACCUUGUGGAGAAACUGGUAAAGAGAUUGGAUGGCACCGGUGAACUGGACAACACAUACAUCUUCUAUACCUCAGACAAUGGCUACCAUACAGGGCAGUUCUCUUUGCCAAUAGACAAAAGACAACUGUAUGAGUUUGAUAUCAAAGUCCCACUGUUGGUUCGAGGGCCUGGGAUCAAACCAAACCAGACAAGCAAGAUGCUGGUCUCAAAUAUUGACUUGGGCCCCACCAUCUUGGACCUUGCCGGCUAUGACCUGAAUAGGACACAGAUGGAUGGGGUAUCCUUACUGCCCAUUCUGAAAGGGGCCAGUAACUUAACCUGGAGGUCCGACAUCCUGGUGGAAUAUCAAGGAGAAGGCCGUAAUGUCACCGACCCGACCUGUCCGUCCUUGAGCCCUGGAGUAUCCCAAUGUUUCCCCGACUGUGUGUGUGAAGACGCUUACAACAAUACCUAUGCUUGUGUGAGGACACUGUCGUCACUGUGGAACCUACAGUAUUGCGAGUUUGAUGACCAGGAGGUGUUCGUAGAAGUCUAUAAUAUAACUGCAGAUCCAGACCAAAUCACCAACAUUGCAAAAACUAUAGACCCAGAGCUCCUGGGAAAGAUGAACUAUCGGUUGAUGAUGCUUCAGUCCUGUUCGGGGCCAACCUGCCGCACUCCAGGGGUUUUUGACCCUGGAUACAGGUUUGACCUGCGUCUCAUGUUCAACAAUCACGGCAGCGUCAGAACGAGAAGGUUCUCGAAGCACCCUCUGUAGUGACGGUGCCCAGCCUCUGCAGUUGGAUCCUCGUACACCCCUUUCUCACGAAGUGGUUGUAGUAGGAACCCACGCCCAGAAGAGCUCUGGCCUGGCUGUUUCAAGUCCUGUUUGAAAAAUAACCGGGUCAGCUGAUUUCCAGUACUGUGAAUCCAAUCCCAUGUCAGAAGUGGCUGACCCUGUCUCUUCCUUCAAAUGACAGCCAACACUCCUGAGGUCUUUGUCCUCUCCAUGUCCCUUCAUCUUGGGUGGGUACAGUCUGUAAUGAUCCCACAUGGUCAAGUCUGAAUCUGUAAAACUGUUGCGAUAAAAUGGCAAUACUUUAGGGCAGAAAGAAAAGGCCUUUUGGAGUGUACCUAACCCCCAGGUCAACAGCCCUGUAUAGCAUUCAGACUGAGCCCUUUGCCAUCACACACAUACACAGCCCUGGAAAGAACUGUUUGUGGAGAUGUAGAGACAUGAUGUUUAUAACAUCCACCAUGAUGUGGUAAAUGUGCAGCUUGUCACCCAAGCUCUGCUCCAGUUUGCUGGAACCCUGGGCUGUGCUAGUACAGAGCAGGCUGCAUGGGGUCAGAAGCCUGAGCUCUAGAAGCCGGUAGCUCUUCAGUGGCUCCAGCUCACCGGUGAGAGCUCCAAAGCACCAGGGAGAAGGCACACCACGGGGCAGGGCAGCACACUUCCCAGGUGGCCCUGGGGUGAGCAGGCUGGAGGCUGCCCAUGGAAGUGCCUGUCCUGAGGAGGGGUCUCAUGCGUCAGUGCCACAAAUGACAUCGUUGUGACUGGCUGCCCUUGUCAUUAAAAACAUUACAGCGUCUCAUGGUUGCUGUAAAGGGCCAACCAGCUACUUCCCCCCCCCCUCCUUUGACAGCUCUUGAGUUUCCAGAGUCUUGAAUAACUAGGGAUCCAGUCAGUGUUCCCCUGUCUAAGGCUCCUGGCUGCCUGGAGCCAUGUCCUCCUGUUCCUUAGCUUAAAGAUCAGUUCACUCUGACAUUCCCCAGAAGGGCUGGUUGCUCCUAGGACAGCAAAGUGUGGUUGGAGCCCGCUCUGCUCAAGCAGGGGGUGAUUUUAGCUUUACACAGCCUCCCUCCAGCUUAAACACUUGGACCCACAGCUGGAAGUCGCUUUGGGGGUCCCAGAGGCCAUGUUGGGGUAAUAGCCUCUACCUCAUGUGACCACAACAACUGCAGUGACACUGAGAGACACAGGCAAUGGAAGGGACACCUCUGUUGUAGCUGCUCUAGAGGGGAAAAACAUUUUAAAUUACGAAAGUGAAUGUGGGUACUGGCUUCAAUCACUCCACUUUGAUUCUAAACACCAUCAGCCACUAGUGGAAGUUGACGUAGUUGUUCCCAAAUAAAAAGUAACCCGCUCGUACCAGGCCUUGGACUGUGAUGUCAUAUUCUUCAGCUUUGUGGCUGGCUCCUAGAAGCAGGUGAAGUCAGAGUGACAAGUCAGCUGCCAGUCGCGUUUCUACCUCGCUGCCCUUACAUUCAGGUGACACGUGCGGGUGGUGGGACAUGGUAAGGUCCCCGAUACCUCUCAGUUGUGGGACGGUUCCUGCUAACACUGGAGUGGAGCUCGGUUUAUCCUAACAGAUGGCAACACGCACGGCUUCCCAUCUACAAGGGACGCCCUGCAAGAGCCUUGUAAUCUGGACUCAAGCGAAUUCGGCCGUGUCCGCCGGUGCUCUUCAAAACAGAGAACCGUAAAACCGAUCUGGAAUGUGGGCUUUGCCUUACAAGAUUUCCUGCUUUAAAACUGUCCCUCAGACACAAUUUCUCAGUAGGGGAACCUCUCAGAGUGUCUUUGGGUCUAACAAAGGGUACUGUUGCAAACACCUUUUGAAUUGUCAGUGCAAAGUUCUUGUAUGAAAUAGUAAGGGUGGCUAUGGCAGUUACACCUUAACCUGUGAGAAAUAACCCUAAACUUGUAACUAUCUACAGACAAUUUCUUUUUUUUUUUUUUUAAUAAAAGAAAACGGGCAAGAUUCCUCGAGAGAAAGCAGAGGGUACCUCAGCCGAGCACCACUGGGGUAGACGGUCCACUGCGGUCGUAGCUCACCAGCAUGCUAUCUAUGUUCAAUGGACUUUGUAAAUUCCUUCAUUAGCGUCACCUGUUGUAGAAGCCACUCUGCCCUGGCUGUCACCCCACUCACUUAGGAAGUGACCUUUGAAGGACCCUGUCACUGCUGCACUUUUCAAUGAAUUAAAACGACUUCUGUUUUAGUGGGAA